GACGCGCUUCACGUGAUAUCGCCCAACGCCUCACGUGACUGGUGCCCGAGCGUUGGACAGAAUCGCCCUGGUCACCGACCGCUAGCCGUCUGUCCGGAACAAUGAACGGCUACGCGCUGCUCUACGGCGGUAUCACUGUGGCCUUUUGGUCUACCAUCCUGGUAGUAGGCAUUUGUUACACAAUAUUUGACUUAGGAUUUCGCUUUGAUAUAGGAUGGUUUUUAACAGAAACAUCUCCGUUUAUGUGGGCAAACCUUGGAAUUGGAUUAGCCAUCUCUUUGUCUGUUGUGGGGGCUGCAUGGGGAAUUUAUACAACUGGAUCCAGCAUUCUUGGUGGGGGUGUGAAGGCACCAAGGAUUAAAACCAAAAAUCUUGUCAGCAUCAUUUUUUGUGAAGCUGUUGCAAUUUAUGGGAUUAUCAUGGCUAUUGUCAUCAGUAAUAUGGCAGAGCCAUUCAGUGGCACCACUCCUCAGACAAUUGGAGCCAGGAAUUAUCAAGCAGGGUUCUCCAUGUUUGGUGCUGGCCUGACUGUUGGAUUUUCUAAUCUGUUUUGUGGUAUCUGCGUUGGCAUUGUGGGUAGUGGUGCUGCUUUGGCUGAUGCCCAGAAUGCCAGCCUGUUUGUUAAAAUCCUGAUUGUUGAAAUUUUCGGCAGUGCCAUUGGAUUGUUUGGAGUCAUUGUGGCCAUCCUACAGACAUCUAAAGUGAAAAUGGGAGAUUAGCCAUCAUGAAGACAUUGAAAAUCCGAAUUCUGGCAAUGAGACCAAGAUUUGCUGUAUAUAAUUUAUUUAAGUGUACAUUUUUCCAACAUAUUUGUGGUUUUUAACCCACCAUUUGCUGAGGCGUGAUUGUGACACAGUCUGAAGUGAUUCCUGAUCAGUUCUGCAAAAUGGGCCAGGUGCUGUCCAGCAGUAUUCCGUAGUUUAGUCUGUAUUCUGAUUAACAUGCAAAUGUGUAACCCAUUUCAGAUUCUAAAUGGGGUGGAAUAAUGAGACAGAAUGUUGAAGACUACUCUUGCUGUCUCUUAUAAAUAGAGAGAUUUAUUUCUUAUGGCCUUGUGCAAGACAGCAGCUGAAAAUACCUGUGUUGAACUGUGACGAUGAUAAAGAACCAUCUGAUAGAUUUGCAUUCGAGUUCUGUGGCUUCCAGUCAUCAAAUCUGCAAUGGAUGAGUUAAACAAAACUCACUUCCCAUCAAUUUGUGUACCUAAGUUGCACCUUUGUAUGUUAUAUGUUUCUUGUAAAUGUAAUGGAGCAACUUGAGUGUUACACCGCAAUGAUAACCAGAAAAAAUAAAGUACAUGUUUAUAUGUGGGUUUGCAUCAAGCAUUCACUUUCUGCACCCAUCCUGCUCUGCUUUCCCCACUAUACUUUUAAGAGAAACCAAUUUUUAUUAAAUUUUGUGCUGGUCUGUUUUCAUUUGCCUGCCUAUUCAUAUUUGUAUCUGGGUUGGAUUAGUGCUUUCAACCAUACCAAUUGAAUCGGAGUAUUGGAUUACUGAGAAAAAGUAUCAUUUCAGUGACUAGGGCAGUAAAAGUGUGUUGUACAACAGUGUUUAGGUCUCUUCACACUGAAUCAGCUUUGGAUAAAUCAGGAAAUAUAAACAGGCUGUAACUGCAAAGGGGAAAAGUAAGGGGUGGAGAAACUGAAAAGGUCUGGCAGUAUCUAUGGAGAGAGAAACCGUUAAUGUUUUAAGUCCUAUAGGACCUGAGUUUCUCCAGCACUUCGUUAUUUAUUUCAUAUUCCCAACGUCCACCGUAUUUUGUUUUUGUUAUAACGAGUAUUUUUUAAGCAGUAAUGAAGAUAUAAUAUUUGAAAAAGUUAACUCCAUCUAACUUGAGCUAAUCAGUUGAUCUGCCUCCUUUUGCGAGUAACAAAUUUGUUGACUUAUGCGGAACGAUCAUGACUAAUGGAGGCAAGUGAUGGUUCUGGUUGAGUGUGAAAUGCUCCUUUAUGAACUGUUCUUGUAACCAACAUGACUCUCUCUGCUGAGUGGAAGUUUAAUCUGAAAAUUUUCUCAUGAAUGUUGCCCUUCCACCUUAAUGGAUAAAAGUUUUGUGCCCGUUAUAAUUGCAUAUUAUGCUUGCUUUUUUUUAAAAUUUAACUGCAAGAACGUGUUAAGUCUCUUUGCCAAUUAAGUUUUACCAACUUGACACAUAUCUUUCCUGUAUUAUAGAGGGAAAAAUCUUGUGACACACUGAGUUAUCAAAUUAAAUUUGGCAUUUUCCCACAAGAUACUAGGACGGAUGAUUAAAAAGCCUAGUCAAGUGGGUUUUAAGAACUUCCUAAAGAAAGAGAGAGACGUGGCAGGAUGUAGGGAACUAGUAGCAGAGGCAUGACUGCCUGUGUGGAUCGGCUAAUAUCAGGGAUGCCAGAGAGGUCAGAGUGGGAGGAGACAAAACAACAAAUGCUAGAGAUCACAGCGUAUCAGGCAGCAUUAUGGAGAGAGAGCAAGGUAUCAUUUUGAGUCUAGAUGACUCUUCGUGGGUGUUGCCUGACCCACUAUGAUCUCCAGCAUUUAUUGUUUUCAGUACGGAUUCCAGCAUAUGCAACAAUUUGCUCCUACAGAAUUUGAGGACUUCAGCUAUCUCAGGUGUUUGUAGGGCUUGAGGUGAUUCAAGAACGAGAGAUGAAACAAUGGAGAGAUUUGAAAACCAUGGUGAGAAUUUUUAAGAUGUAACUGUUGCUUAACCAAGGAACUGAAUUUUUUUUUCCCCAAGUUUGAGAAUGAAUUGACACCUGAAGUAAAUUAUUUAAUAUCAAAAUGUUUAGGACAUAUUAUCCCUGUUUCCAAUUUUAUCUGACACUUAAACAUCUGAUCAGUACUCCACUUAUUUGGGGGCGGGGGGGGGUGCACAUUGGAAACAAUGUUCUAAUCCCCCAAAACUGAUUCUGUGUUGAAAGUAGGAAUUUUCUUAAACUAUUUGUUUAUGCGCAGUGGUCCAGAUUUUGAGGUACUAAUGACUCUGAAACUGUCAAUACUCACAGCUAUCAUUUCUAUGAAAUUCUCAACAAUUCUGGAGUUGGUACAUGUGCAGCAUAACAGGAAAUCCAGAGAUUGAUGUCUAUGAUUCUACAUUUCUCCAUAGGAUUUACUUUUCACUCAACUACAACUUGCAGUAUUGAAUCCUGUUUAAGCUGCUGCACUUUGGGAGAUUGUGAACGUGUUGAAGCAAGUACAGAAAUGAUUCAGGAGUGUGGUUCUAGGAGUGAGCAGUUUCAGUUGUGAAGAUAAAUUGAAGUUAGGAUUGUUUCCCUAGUUAGCAAACACUGGGACAGGGGAGGGGUAUUCAAAAUCAUGAAGGUAAAUAUGGAGAAACUGCUCCCACUUAAGAGCAAGAGGGCAAAUUUACUGAGUUUAAAGAGUUUACUGUUAAGUGAUAAGUCAAAAAUAAUUUUCACAGAUUAAGUUUAAAUGUUUGCAAUAUCGUGUAAAUCAGUGAAAACAUUGAAAAGAAUAGAUCUGUUCACUGAAAAGGAAGAUGUUGCAGUUACAAGGAAGUAGGAAAAUGUUGAUAAGGGAAUUUGUCAGUGAACUGAUUUACAGACAGUGAACCAUUGAAAAUGCAAAUUGUUUUUGGAUGAGGUGUAACUGGGUUUCUUUUUAGUGGUGUGGUAAAUACAUAAUCACUGCUGCAAAACCUCCCCGGCUGUGGAAUCUCAGACCUCUCCAUUGUAAAGAUUCAACUCUACUUUUAAAAAAAAAAAAUCAGGUUCUACCUCUGGCCUAUAUGUCCUAAAUAUUUAUUUCAGCUUCUGUAAACUGUAAUUAAAAGUGAAGCAUGAUUAGUGCACUGUGGUCUGAGAAUACUUGAAUAUGGUUUCUUAUCCUUGACAUUACUGCUGGAUGCCUGAAAAUACCUUGAAUACAAAAUUCAAGCCAGGAAAGGGGAAAUCGGCACCACAGAUAUUGCUACCUCUGAGAGGGAGCUUCCUUUAAGGUCAAGGCUGUGAUUUUGCUGUUGAUGACAAAAUUCAAAGUAUAUGAGUGCUUGGUUUAUCCACUCUUGAGCUAGAUCCAUAAUGUAACUGGUGCAUUUACCUGAUAUUCUGUUAUGGUGUAUAUUUUCUGUAAACUGAAACAUACCAUAGUUUUUACUAUUUUGGUAUUAUGUUGUAGAGAUUUGUUUCAAAUACUUUUAUGCCAUUGUAGUCUUUCAGUUCAAAACUUGAUUUUGAAUAUGUGUAUAUACGCAUUAAUGCACAUCUGCUAGUAGGUGCAAGCAGAAGAAAGGUAUUGCACUGCUUUCUUGGAUAGAUAUUGAUAAUUAGCUUCACUCUUCAUUAUCUGCCUUGAAUUCUUAAUUAUAUAUGAUCAUCUGCCAGCUUGUACAAGAUGUACUACCUAAAUGCUUUGUGUUAUGCUGCCUUUUCAUCUGUGUUCAAGUGCACGUGAUAGUCUUUGAGCCAUAAAAUGAUAGACAAAAAUCAGUUAAAUCAAAUCAAGCUAAAGUUUUUAUUACUUAACAUUGUGGCAUUUUUGUUGACCCAUUUAUAGAUCUGUUUAUUUUAAAACAUUUUCUAAAGUUUUUCCCUUAUCCGUCUAUAGAAAUUCAGUUUUGCAUGUCUGUUUUCAAAUGUAACUUAAUGUGCUGCUGUAGACUGUUUUUCUUAAUUUUGUGAUAGUUAUGUGAUGCAGCCCAGUUUAGGGGGCACUUUUUCUGUUUAUGGAUUUGUACUUCAAUUUGUGAAAUAAUUUUACAGUUGUCUUGGAAAUUUAUAUUUUGAUUUCCAGUUAGUCCUAAACUUGAGAACUAACUUUGCUACUAGCUGGACACAUCAUGAAGUAAGUUGAAGAUGAGACAGAAUAUUUGCAAAUGGAUGCAACAGUUUGAAACUGCGCUUUAAUAGUACAAAUGUUCAAAUCGCAAAUGAUAGUUAAAGCAUUUAUUUUUCAAGUAUAUUUGAAUUUAUUUUUUGAAGGGGAUGUGGAAAAAUAAUUUAUGAAGCCAAAUUGAAAUAGUAAUUAUACCUGAAUCUGAUUUCAAAUUUAUUUUGGACAAUGACAUCUGAGAUUAGAUACCUGCAUCAUAAGUGGUACUGCACUGUAAAGAUUGCAAUUACUUUGAUUCUUGCAUUUGAUUUGACACCUUUUGAUGAAAUGACUGACUAUAAAAACAUUAGCCAGCAGCAGGAUUUGUUCAAGGAACUCUGCAUUUUUUUUUCUAUACUUUUUAAACCAGGCAUGAAUUGGAAAUGUAAACUAUGACUAUUUGAAAAUCUUUUCCACGUUGGCAUGAGAUCAGUUAGUUUAUAAUGGAAACCAUUACAUUAACCUCCACCUGCCAUGAUGUGAAACUUGGGGUGCAUUGUAUGUAAACUCGUAUUUUAGAUCUAAAACACUAGGAUGAGAGGGGCAAAAUAGUUACAAUUCAGUGAAAACUUCUAAAACAAAGGACUUUGGUUGGGUCUAAUGUCUCUCCCUCCUCUUUCUUGCUCCAACCCUCUCUGGCAUGUAAGUCCAUUUGCAUUUUGGAGCAAGCACUCAAACAGAUUUGUGGAAUUUUUGUUAUUAAUCAAGUAGAUUCUCAUUGAAUUAUUUUCAUCUGGGAUUCUUUAUGAACAGUUCAACAGAACCCAAGGUGCAAUGGAUUAUAUCACCUAUAAUAAAAAGAUGGAGCAAAUUAGCUUUUAAGUAACAAUGAUGUGUAAAGCUAGAGUGAGUUUUCGUGAUUGUUCAAGCACGCAAUUGUAGAAUAUUUUCAAAGCAAAUAAAAAUGCUGUCUUGGUAAACCUGGUUAGCUAUGUUCAACAGUAGUUUGAGUCUUGAAAUGGAGACAUGUCUUCCUAUAACCAUAUGUAAAGAGAAUGAUGUUACAAGUUAAAUUGCAGUUUUUGAUUGAAUAAUUAUCUGUAUAUAAUGCUCUAGUUUAGCAGGCAAUUAAUAGAGUGGAUUAAAUGGAGCAACCUACUGCAUUCUGGUAAAUCCUACUGAACUAAAUAUAGUAACCAGCCCCUUGCAUCUAUUUGAUAGAAAAUCUGCCAGAAUAGUUCCUGCAGAUUUGCAGCAGAAGAUUUUAAAUCGAUCAUGAGCCUUUCUUAUCUCCUUUGUAAUGUACAUGUUCUUGCAGAUUCUUGUAUGAAAUGUUCAUCUCCAAUCAAGGAAUUAUAACUACUUUGUGUAAAAAUAGCCAGAAAAUUACUAUCUGAUUUCUUCAUGAUGGAUGAUACUAAUUAUUUCAAAUGUUCUGUGAUUAUGUUGAAAUGUGCAACUGAUAAACUUUGUAGAAUGCCAUUUGGGAAUGUAUUCUAUGUCGGCACUGUACAGGGUUCAACUUGCAAAAUGUCUGAAACAAAUUAAAUUGCGGAGGAACAAAACUGCUGUAGUUUAAUUUUGUUUUUUGAGAUGACUAGUUGUUUGAAGUUCCUUCAAAGUUUUCAAAUUAAAAUCGGUCUUGUUAAUUGGUACCUCCA